UAGAACAUGGAAUGUCAGAGCUGGGAGGGCCAUUAGGACAUAAAACAUGGAGUGUCAGGGCUGGAAGGGCUUUUAAAACAUAAAUUGUCACUCAAGGCUGAAUUCUGGAUAAGUCAACAUGUCCAGGCUGUCCCACAGGAUUGUCAAGGAAAUCCAGGGUUUACUGGCAGAAUCGGUCCCUGGAAUAAAAGCAGAACCCGAUGAAAUCAACGCACGUCAUUUUCAUGUGGUCAUUGCAGGCCCACAGGAUUCUCCUUUUGAAGGAGGGACUUUUAAACUUGAACUUUUCCUUCCAGAAGAAUACCCAAUGGCAGCUCCUAAAGUACGUUUCAUAACCAAAAUUUAUCACCCUAAUGUGGAUAAGUUGGGAAGAAUUUGUUUAGAUAUUUUGAAAGAUAAAUGGUCUCCAGUGCUACAGAUCCUCACAGUUCUACUUUCAAUCCAGGCUUUGUUAAGUGCCCCCAAUCCAGAUGAUCCAUUAGCAAAUGAUGUAGCGGAGCAGUGGAAGACCAAUGAAGCUCAAGCCUUAGAAACAGCCAGAGAAUGGACGAGGCUCUAUGCUAUGAAUAAUAUUUAAAUUCAGUCUGAACUUCACGGGUAUCACUUCUCUUGAUCUGCCAAGAUCUCUUUCUUGUUUGCAAUGAAUGGUUACAGCCCUAGAAAUAUUACAGAAUAAAAGCCCAGGCCAUCUUCAACCUUUUGGAGAUUAAAUACACUUUAGC